AUGUCUGCGGAAAAGGCAUCAGAUAAUAGUUUAACAAUGGAUUCAACAGAGCCCAAGUCCGACUCUUCGCCUUCAUCUGCCCAAUUGGCGGACGAGGAUUCUGCUAUUCGUCACUUUUAUGGAAGUGCGAUAUCCCAAUCCUACCAUCUCAAGUCGGAGUUGGUUGCAGAGCAUUUGGCCAAGAUUGGAAUGGGAAAAUUCCAAUACCUCCUUUUUAUUGUCACCGGCUUUGGCUGGAUAGUGGACAACUUCUGGUCCCAAGGCAUCUCCGCCGUCCGACCCCCCGUUGCAAAUGAAUUCACCAAAAUCUCGCGCCUCAGUUUCAGUUCAGUCGCUUACUACGUUGGUCUAAUCAUUGGUGCAACCUUUUGGGGCACAACAGCCGAUAUCAUCGGACGCAAACCCGCUUUUAACACAACCAUCUUCCUCGGCGGUAUCUUUGCAUGUGCCGUAGCCGGAUCUCAAAAUUUCGUGACGUUUUGCGCUCUGUGGGCGGUGAUUGGUACCGCUGCUGGUGGUAAUGUGCCCGUUGACAGUAUCAUUUUUCUCGAGUUCAUUCCGAAGGAUUAUCAAUGGCUGCUUGUAGGGUUGUCUGCAUGGUGGAAUCUGGGGCAGUUGAUUGUGUCGCUUCUGGCUUGGGUGUUUUUGGCCAAUUAUGCGUGUGACGGUGAUGAGGCUCCUUGUCCAAGGUUGGAUAACAUGGGAUGGAGAUACAUCAUGAUCACCCUCGGCACAAUGGCUAUUGCCUUUGGCCUGAUCCGGAUAUUCAUCUUCAAAAUCCCCGAAUCCCCUCGCUAUUUACUCUCCAAAGGCCGAGACGCAGAAGCCGUCGAAGCAGUCAACUAUAUUGCUCGUUACAAUGGAAUGCCCGAAACCUUGACCCUCGCAAUGCUAGAAGAUAUUGAUCGACAAGUCAACGCCAAAACCUCUCCAAUAGAAACGAAACAAUCCUUAACAGACAUUCUAAAAGAAAGCUUCAGUGACUUUACCGCCGACAAAUACCGUAAACUCUUCAAGGGACAUACCAUGUCACAACACAGCAUUGUCAUAUUCCUAAUUUGGCUGACCGUCGGGAUCGGAUACCCCUUAUACUUUGCGUUUAUCACUUCAUACCUCGAGACGAAGUCAUCUUAUCAGACCGAUUCGUCGCUCAGUUAUACCUAUAAGAUUUAUUGCAUUGUCUCGGCUGUGGGAAUUAUUGGUCCCAUCGCCGCUGCAUUCCUGGUUGAGUCUCGUCUCGGUAGGCGAUGGAUGAUGGGUUUGUCUGCUGUAUUGACGGGUGUUUUCCUCUUUGCGUAUACAGCAGCCAAAACCCAGGAAGCUGAUGUUGGCUUUCAGUGCGCAACCGGAAUUUUGGGUAAUUUCGAAUAUGCGGUCAUGUUUGCCUUCACUCCAGAAUCAUUCCCCGGCCCUGUACGUGGAACUGGAACAGGGGUAGCUGCGACUCUGCAGCGUACAGGUGGCUUAGUGGCAUCGCUUAUUUCGACUUAUGGCGGUUACACUGUGACGCCUAUCUAUGUCAGUGCUGCUUUGUGGAUAGUCGUUGGAGUAUUGUGUUUCGGGUUGCCGUAUGAGACCCAUGGUCAUGUUUCUAUCUAA